AUGGUGCAGCUCCGCAGCUCGCUCAGCAUGACCCGGGCGCGCGCCCGCGCCGGCGACUCGGACGACGCCGACGACCGCGGCUGGAACCAGCUCCACGUCGCCGCCCGCAAGGGCAACCUCAAGGAGGUGAGACGUCUCCUGAAUGAAGGGAUGGAUGUCAAUGCACCCGCAUGGGGACCAAAGUCUCCUGGCGCUACUCCGCUGCACCUUGCUGCUCAGGGCGGGCAUGUGAAAAUCAUGGAUGAACUACUGGAGCGCGGUGCAAAUAUUGAUGCCCGAACAAAAGGAGCUUGUGGCUGUAAGUUUACUUGUUUUUUUAGUCAUUGCCUGUAUUGCCAGUGUCAUUAUUUUUAUUGUUGA